AUGGCUACCGCAACCGCAACCGCAUCCACAGAGAAGAGGAAGCCGAGCGCAAUGCGGUCCAUCUUAGCAGGCGCAACGGCAGGAGCUGUAGAAAUAUCAAUCACAUACCCCGCCGAGUUCGCCAAGACACGCUCCCAACUCAAUCGUAGACUGGCAGACGGAAAGAAGCUCCCUUGGCCACCGUUUGGCAAGCAAUGGUACGCAGGAUGCACAACCUUGAUCAUCGGCAACUCGUUGAAGGCCGGCAUAAGAUUCGUCGCGUUUGACAUGUACAAGAAUCUGCUCGCAGAUGCCGAGGGCAAGGUAUCAGGUCCUGCGACAGUAAUUGCAGGCUUUGGUGCUGGAGCCACAGAGUCCCUGUUAGCAGUAACGCCAUUCGAGAGUAUCAAGACACAAUUAAUUGACGAUCGGAAAGCCGCAAAACCUCGCAUGCGAGGCUUCCUCCACGGUUCGAGGAUCAUUGCGCAAGAAAAGGGCAUCCGCGGCUUCUUCCAGGGUUUCCUUCCCACGACUGCACGACAGGCUGCCAACUCGGCCGUACGGUUCUCUAGUUACACAUCGCUCAAGCAAUUAGCACAGUCGUACGUUGCGCCAGGAGAGAAGCUGGGAGCCGUGAGCACCUUUGGCCUCGGCGGUCUUGCUGGUAUCAUAACAGUGUACACCACUAUGCCCAUCGAUACCGUGAAGACGCGUAUGCAGUCAAUAGAAGCGCGGGCUGUUUAUAAAAACAGCUUUGAUUGUGUAGCCAAAAUCUUUCGAAACGAAGGAAUCUUGACCUUCUGGUCAGGCGCAAUCCCACGACUAGGUCGCUUGAUUCUCAGUGGUGGUAUCGUCUUCACUAUGUACGAGAAAUCGAUGGAAUUCAUGGAUAAACUUGAUCCCCAAGGGCGAUAUAUAUAA